AUGAACGCCAUCUACACCGCCGUCCUUGUCGUUUCCACUCUUGCCUACUCGGCUGUGGCCUGGAUCGAACUCUCCAUGGAGGCUGCCAACGAGGAUCUCUUCUAG